CAUCGUUAGGUUUAAAAAAAUAUUUCUUCAACAAUUUUAAUUUCUCCUUCUCCACAAUUUAGCUAAUCAAAGUAGUUGAACAACUAAAAUUGUUAGAAAUGGCUUCAGCAGUAGAAAAGAAUAUUGACAACUUAGGUUCUAAAGAAAAAAUACUAAGUAGACAAUUUCUAAGGAAACUUUUCAUGGUUUCUGCAAGCCACCCAAUGAUAUUUCAACAUUUUCGUAGCCACGCAGAAAUAAUAGUAGAACGACACCGUCAAAUCAUAGAAGGAGGAAAAGAUGUUAUCCAUCCCUAUAGUAAGUUCAGUUUAUUUUGGUGCAGUUUCAUGAUCGUGAUAAACAUUAGCCACAUGGUCAGCUCGUCCUUCCGACUAUGCUAUAUCCUGGAGACAGAAGAAGGCCCUACACUUCAUGUCGUAGAUUCCAUAUUACUUGGUCUACAUGUUGUAUGUUUUAUCGACAUGUGUAUUAAUUUCAAAAUGGGUUACCGAAAUGUCGAGAAAAAUAUCGUGGUGAAUCGAAGCAGAAUUAUUUGGCAUUAUUUACGGGGCUGGUUCGUGGUGGACUUCGUGUCGUGCGUGCCGCUGGCAUACGUGCUCCUACAUAUGGAGCUGACCGGCUACCGCUACCUUCUACUCGGCCACCUGAUGGCGAUGCUCCGAGUGCUGCGGAUCGCCACCGUCGUUCUCAACUUGAAGCCUUUUAUGCUGUUGUUCACGGAAUCGUACAUAUGGCACCGCACGGUGCGGCACACGCUGCUCUUCCUUAUAUCAGUGCACUGGACUAACUGCAUUAUUUACAUCCUGCCUGCUCUCGGCUAUUACUGGACGGGCAAGAUGCCCAGGCAGUACACGCUGUUCCUCAACAGCACGAGCGGCGACCUGUCGACCUAUUCUCCCGGCAUGCGCUACAACAAGGCGCUCUUCAUAACCCUGAGCGCGUUAGUCGGAGUCGAUCCUUCAAUGCUCAAAGUUUCAACAGUUGAAGAAUUUGUCUGCUAUUCCCUUAUUGUAUUUUACGGAGCAAUGUUCAUGGUGUACACGAUAAUUUUCCUGUUGAAAAUAUAUAUGACAUACUACAACUCUGCAACGCGUUACCAUGGACUUCUCAGUCAGAUGGAGGCUUAUAUGCAACACAAACAGCUCCCAGCUCAACUGAAGACACGACUAAGAGAGUUCUACAGGUACAGAUACCAGGAGCAGUACUACAAGGAGGACGAUACGCUAGAAUGUUUAUCAGAUCAAUUACGUCACGAGAUAAUUCUGCACACGUGCUACAAGUUGGUGAAUCGCCUGCCGCUGCUGGAGGGGCUGCCGGCGAGUGUGGUGGGCGCGGUGAUGGGCUGCCUCAAGCCCGAGGUGUACUUGCCCAAUGAUCUGGUGAUGCGCGCGGGUGACAACGGGGAUUGCAUGUACUUUAUAGCUAAUGGAACGGUCGCUGUUUACUCCUUGAAGGGAGUUGAGAUUUGCCACCUAGAAGAUGGUGACCACUUUGGCGAGGUGGCACUACUGAUGGCGGACAGCAAGCGCGUAGCUACCGUCGUGUCAGUGGAGAUCACGCAGGUGUACCGGCUCGACGCUGUUAACUUUCGACAAAUAGUAAAGACAAACCAAUUGCUGUACAAUCGGUUGCAAGAGCUGGCAGCUCAACGGAUGCAUGAGACGGUGGUAUUGGACGAUGAGUUCCGUAGACAGCGGGAGAAGCGUGUGGAACUUGAUGCAUCUGGUACCACAUUACUCAGCUAACACAUUCAUGACAACAAAAUAAUUAAAAAUAUAUUUUUUUCUUUCUUUCUUCCUUUAUGUCAGGAAAAAAUGUCUAAUUUAUAUGUCUAAUAUUUAUAAAAACAUAUGAAAUUAACUGCUUUUAUAGCAGUUAUUUUCAUAUGUUUUUGAUCUAUUCUUGUAUAAUGUGAGCAAACACCUUAACCGUUUAACAUAAAGUAUUUACAGAGUUAUUUUUAAG